CUCAAAUUUUGGGGGGCUGUGUAGGGACCAGCUCACGAGUGUGUGGGAUUGAACAGUCCCCAUCUUCGAUGCGGGAUGCUUGGUGACCGCAAGAGAGGAGCGUAUAGUAUGGAGAGACAUUGGCCACGAAAGUAUAUAAGAGGACCCGAUUGACUUGAGACAAAGCUUCGCAGACCAAGAAGAAAGAGACCCUCGACCAAAAAGCCCAACCGAAAUACAAGCAACACAUUUCAAAAGCCCAAUAGCCUAAAGCCCGACGAGAUCUACAGCGCUAUGAGACUCUUCAUCUCGACUUGCACCUUACUUUUGGCCUCGAGCGUCACCCUGGCGGUGAAGCCAGCUCCUGAUCAGGUAAUCUUCUACGCUGUUGAUAAUCAUCCCGACCAAUUGAAUGCGGACGGAGUCCGAGAGGCAUGGAAGAAACCGUGCACCGAGCAAUUUGGUGGUGACUAUUAUGACUACGACGCCCCCACAGAGCUGGCGUGGUGCUACAGUGGCCUCACCGACAAAGGACCUUUGGUGGUUCAGUGGCUGCAAAAUCAACAAAAGGACCAGUGGACCUUCACCACGAUCGAUCAGCGCGGUUAAAUGUUGAGAAUUUCGAGCGCAUUGGCACAAUGUUGCACAACCAUCACCUCGCCACCAGCGAGCAUGGUCGCUCGAGUUGCAGACAACGUGAGGGCAGCCCAAUUUGUGCAAUGACAUGCUGUUUGCCAGA